AUGCCGCCAAAGAAAGCACCUGCGUCUAGCAAGAAGACGGAGCAGAAGAAGAAGGAGAAAGUUAUUGAGGAUAAAACUUUUGGCUUAAAAAACAAAAAGGGUGCAAAACAGCAGAAAUUUAUUCAGCAAGUAGAAAAACAGGUAAAAAGUGGAGGAAUACAUCCUGCUAAGCCUGUAGAAGACAAGAAGAAGGAUAAAGAACAAAAAUUAAAGGAUCAAAAAGAAUUAGCCGCAUUGUUUAAACCAGUUCAAACACAGAAGGUUGAAAAAGGAAUUGAUCCAAAAUCAGUAGUUUGUGCCUUCUUCAAGCAGGGCCAAUGUGCAAAAGGAGACCGUUGUAAAUUCUCCCAUGACUUAACAAUUGAACGGAGGGCAGAAAAACGUUCUCUCUAUGUGGACAUGAGAGAUGAUGAUGACACUAUGGACAAUUGGGAUGAAGAGAAGUUGAAAGAAGUGGUUGAAAAGAAGCAUGGGGAAGGAGAUAAACAAAGGCCUACUACAGAUAUUAUUUGUAGACACUUCCUGGAAGCUGUGGAGAGAUCAAAAUAUGGUUGGUUCUGGGAGUGUCCUGCUGGAACUAAAUGCAUUUAUAGGCAUGCCUUACCACCAGGGUUUGUUCUUAAAAGGGACAAGAAAAAAAUGGAAGAGAAGAAAAAUGAGAUUUCUCUUGUAGAUUUAAUAGAAAAAGAGAGGGCUGCACUUGGGCCGAACCAAACUAAAAUUACUCUAGAGACAUUCUUGGCAUGGAAGAAGAAGAAAAUCAAAGAGAAGCAGGAGGCCCUUAACACGGCAGAAGAACAACGUCGUAGUGACUACAAAGCUGGUCGCGCCGUUGGUAUAUCUGGUCGAGAGAUGUUCUCCUUUGACCCAACAAUGGCAGAUGAUGCAGAUGAUGGAGAUGAAGCCUUUGAUCUUGGCAAAUUUAACUCGGAUGAGGAAGAAAAAGAAGUUGAUUAUCGGAAUAUUGAGCUGGAACUUAUUGGAAUGGAAGCAUGCGAGGCAGACGAUAGUGGAACUAAGGCGACGACAGACCGGUUGGAGAAGCUUGGUGAAGAUCUGGUAAAUGGUGAGACACCAGAAGAUGCGGAAGCUGCAGUUCCUAUCAAUGAAAACCUCUUCCUGGCUGAAGACCUUGAUGAGGAAUUGGAAAAUUUAGACCUUGAUGAUUAG